UGUCAUUCAUGUUCAUUUACCAAGAAUCGGGUCACCUAUUCUUAGUUCUGGCCCAGGAACGUCUUCGCGGUGCGUGUGACUGUCGCUUCUUCGCUCUCUCCCAUUCAUUCUUUCAUAGUCAACCUGUUCGUUUUCUCUCCUUCCCACUGUGUGGAAUUUCGUUUAACAUGACCGAUGUUUUAAAUUAUGAAUUUAAUCCGGAUGAGGAUUAUUAUAAAAUACUUGGAUGUCACCAGCUUUCCACGAUAGAGCAAAUCAAUGCAGAAUAUAAAGCACGUGUUUUGUCCUGUCAUCCAGACAAACAUCCCGAUGACCCUCAAGCUGCAAAGAGAUUUAUCUUACUACAAAUUGCUAAAGAUGUACUUUCAUGUCCAGGAAGCAGGAAGAAAUAUGACCAGUGGCUUAAUUCUGGCUUAGCUAUAUCUUUUAAGGAAUGGUGUUCUAUGAAUGACAAGACACACUCUUCAAUGCACUGGGCAAGUACAAAACCUAAACCUUUUCAAGUGAAGAACAAUGCAGAAGAUGAAUGUCCAGCUAAACUCGAAAAAUGUCCACAAUGGCACAAAAGAGAUGACUGUCCAAUGCUUGAAAAAUUCCGUAACUAUGAGAUCUAGCCAGCCUUCUUAUUUGUUCAAAGUGAAUUUAGCUAUGUUUGAAAAUGAUAGGAUACAUGGAUUUUGACCAAUGAAAAAAUAUUUUAUUCUCUAGAAUGAAUUUUAGGUUUUAUUAUUUCACAGAAGAGAUGAAAAUAUGUUUCCCAUUGAAGACGGAAUUUUUUUUUAUUUUCAUUUAUGGCCUUAUUAGAUAGCUCAAUAUAAUUUGGAUUUGAAGUUUUGUUCUCUAAUAUAAUUUUACUUCUGUAAACAUUGUACUUGACAAUCACAGAACAGCUUUAAAAUGACUUUAUUGUGUAUAUUUCAUUAAGGUAUGUUUAUUGAUAAACAUUUGCUUCAAAGCUUUUGAAAAGAAAUUAAACAAAACACACUCCAAAAGCCAAAGAAGGAACUUCUUUCCAGGGCUUCUCAGGAUAGAGUGCAUGUCCCCACCUGUUUUUGGUGGAGCAUGGAUUACUUUCAAAAAAGGGAUCAUGAAAAAAGUGAACGCAAUAAUUUUAAUUAAAACUACAUCUAUAUAUACCUGAUAUAUGCUGUGGUGGAUUCUAUUUCUUUUAUUUAAAAAAAAAAUCAAAAUAGAGUGAGAGGCAAAAAAAUAUUGAAACAUUGUUCUAGUCAGUCAUUGGGCUGCUAGAAACAGCAGUCAAGUAUUCCCCCAGUCACACUACCAUCUUGGCUAGUGUAUCACAGGUUUGCACGAUAAUGGCUAACCUCAAUCUAAAUGAAAUGUUUAAAAGUAAAGUGUGAUGACUAAGUUUUGGAAAUUAUUACUACAGCUGCAUACACUCCUACAGUGAUCAUUAUAUAUACAUACAUAUUGCAUCUUGUAUCAAGAUUAUAGCUUCAACAUUUAUUCGGAAAUAAAAAUUAUGAUGUUGCCA